GUUCAGCAGCUGUUUGGGGACCAAGGGGACACAAUAUGAGACCAGCAGCUUGGACUUCAAAGUCGGGGCAGAUGGGACUGUCUUCGCCACCCGGGAGCUGCAGAUUCCCUCCAGGCAGGUGGCCUUCACUGUGACUGCGAGGGACCAUCAGACAACUGAGCGAUGGGAUGUCAUGGUGCGGCUGCUGGUGGCCCAGACCUCGUCCCCUCACUCUGGACACAAGAAAGGAAAGACGAGUGUGGCUUUGGACCCCUCUCAGCCCUCGAGAGACACAGUGUUGCCGUGGUCACAGCAUCAGAGCUCCAGCGGCCUGAGGCGCCAGAAGCGGGACUGGGUCAUUCCUCCCAUCAACGUUCCAGAAAACUCCCGCGGGCCCUUCCCACAGCAGCUGGUGCGGAUCCGAUCUGACAAAGACAACGACAUCCCCAUCCGGUACAGCAUCACAGGGGUGGGCGCUGACCAGCCCCCCAUGGAGGUCUUUAGCAUCGACUCUAUGUCCGGCCGGAUGUAUGUCACACGGCCCAUGGACCGGGAGGAGCGAGCCUCUUACCACCUCCGAGCCCACGCCGUGGACAUGAACGGUAACAAGGUGGAGAACCCCAUCGACCUGUACAUCUACGUCAUCGACAUGAAUGACAACCGCCCCGAGUUCAUCAACCAGGUCUACAAUGGCUCCGUGGACGAGGGCUCCAAGCCAGGCACUUACGUGAUGACCGUCACAGCCAAUGACGCAGAUGACAGCACCACGGCCAACGGGAUGGUGCGGUACCGGAUCGUCACCCAAACGCCACAGAGCCCAUCCCAGAAUAUGUUCACCAUCAACAGCGAGACGGGGGACAUUGUCACUGUAGCAGCCGGCCUGGACCGUGAGAAAGUCCAGCAGUACACAGUCAUCGUCCAGGCCACAGACAUGGAAGGAAAUCUUAACUACGGCCUCUCAAACACAGCCACGGCUAUCAUCACGGUGACAGAUGUGAAUGACAACCCGCCGGAGUUUACCACAAGCACGUUUACAGGGGAGGUCCCUGAAAACAGAGUGGAGAUGGUGGUCGCCAACAUCACAGUGAUGGACCGUGAUCAGCCUCACUCCCCAAACUGGAAUGCUAUCUACCGUAUCAUCAGCGGGGACCCCUCAGGCCACUUCAGCGUCCGCACAGACCCCAUCACCAACGAGGGCAUGGUCACUGUUGUGAAGGCAGUGGACUAUGAGCUGAACCGGGCCUUCAUGCUGACCGUGAUGGUGUCCAACCAGGCACCCCUGGCCAGUGGGAUCCAGAUGUCCUUCCAGUCCACGGCAGGGGUGACCAUCUCCGUCACGGACAUCAACGAGGCCCCCUACUUCCCCUCCAACCACAAGCUGAUCCGCCUGGAGGAGGGGGUGCCUGCCGGCACUGCGCUCACCACAUUUUCUGCAGUGGACCCCGACCGCUUCAUGCAGCAAGCCGUGAGGUACUCAAAGCUGGCUGAUCCAGCGAGCUGGCUACACAUUAAUGCCACCAAUGGGCAGAUCACCACAGCAGCCAUCCUGGACCGAGAGUCGCUCUACAUCAAAAACAAUGUCUACGAGACCACAUUCCUGGCCGCUGACAACGGGAUCCCCCCGGCCAGUGGCACUGGGACCCUGCAGAUCUAUCUCAUUGACAUCAAUGACAACGCCCCAGAGCUGCUGCCCAAGGAGGCGCAGAUCUGCGAGAAGCCCGGGCUUAAUGCCAUCAACAUCACUGCGGCCGAUGCCGACAUUGACCCCAACAUCGGCCCCUAUGUCUUCGAGCUGCCCUUCGUCCCCGCUGCUGUGCGGAAGAACUGGACUAUCACCCGACUAAACGGUGACUACGCCCAGCUCAGCUUGCGUCUUCUGUACCUGGAGGCAGGGAUGUAUGAGGUCCCCAUCAUCAUCACAGACUCUGGGAACCCUCCCUUGUCUAACACGUCCAUCAUCAAAGUCAAGGUGUGCCCGUGUGACGAGAACGGCGACUGCACGACUGUUGGCGCAGUGGCCGCAGCUGGUCUGGGCACAGGCGCCAUGGUGGCCAUCCUCGUCUGCAUUGUCAUCCUGCUGACCAUGGUCCUGCUGUUUGUGGUAUGGAUGAGGAAGCGGGAAAAGGAGCGACACACAAAGCAGCUGCUCAUUGACCCCGAGGACGACGUACGUGACAAUAUCCUCAAGUAUGACGAGGAAGGCGGCGGCGAGGAGGACCAGGACUACGACCUCAGCCAGCUGCAGCAACCGGAAGCCAUGGAGCAUGUGCUGAGCAAGGCCCCCGGAGUGCGACGGGUGGAUGAGCGGCCGGUGGGCGCCGAGCCCCAGUACCCAGUCAGGCCUGUGGUGCCCCACCCAGGUGACAUUGGUGACUUCAUCAACGAGGGACUGCGAGCUGCCGACAAUGACCCCACAGCGCCACCCUAUGACUCCCUGCUUGUCUUUGACUAUGAGGGGAGCGGCUCCACUGCAGGCUCUGUCAGCUCCCUAAACUCAUCCAGCUCUGGGGACCAAGACUAUGACUAUCUGAAUGACUGGGGACCCCGGUUCAAGAAGCUGGCGGACAUGUAUGGGGGCGGCGAGGAGGACUAGCCAGCCUCACGUCUCCGACAGAAAAGAGAACAGCGCUGGAGGCGGAGGAGCAGGACGAGCAGAGGCAGC